UGCCAUAAUUUCCCAUCAGAAAUGUUCAGGAAUUUAUAUGUGCCUUGAAGUUAUAUUCCAGUUGGAAACUUUUCUUUUCAGUACAAUUUGGUGAAAUUAUAUAUAUACACUAGUGCCUGCAGAAAGAAAUUAAAAAUGUAUUGUUUAUCCAUGUUCAAGGGCGGACUAGGACUUGACAACUACUCAUAAUCUUACACAUUGUAAAAGUGGGUUUUGAACAGUCAAGAGAAUGUAAAAACCUGUCUUUAUGAGCUGUUCUUGUGUUUAUACAAGUGUUUUAGAGUGACUUCUUCCACUUACGUUUUCAGCCAGACGGCAAUUUGCCUAAAUUAGGAUCCCGAUCUUCUUUAUUGCCUAGGUUGGGUAAAGCAUGUUAAAUAGUUUGACCACGUUAAUCCAGUGGCACUAACUUAUUUAUUUGUGUUAAUGAAAUCACUGUUAAUAAUUUACAAGUGUUAGUGAAGCGUCUUUAAUUAUCUGUUCUGUAAGACUCCCUCUCUACUGGUGUAUCUUCUUUCUCUCUCUCUGUCUGUCUGUCGGUCUGUCUGUCUCUUACUUUGUUAAAGUCUCUUUUUCCUUUCCUCCCUAUGUCCUUUUUCUAUUGAUGUGCCUUUGAAUUGUACAAUGUGCAUAAAUGAGAAUAUAUUUCCCUUGUAGUUAUGUUUAUGUAUUUUUAUAAACAUGUGCCAUAUAUAAGUUUGUGUGUGCAUAUAAACGCAUGCCUUGCUUUAGUAAAGCGAUCCCCAGACUAUGAAUAAUAAACGCUGUGAGGCCCAGCCCCCUCUCUGUCGCUGUCCUCUCCGUUUUCAUUUGCUUUCUCUCACUGAUCAUGUGACCACGCUGAGCACAGUAAUUAUUCAUGAGCUCGGCGCUGCACCGCGGGACCUGCGCGAGAGAGCCUCCGGCUCCGAGCUGAGGCCCUGCUCCAGCUGCAUCCAGGGGCCCAUCGACCGGCGCGGGUCAGACGGUGACACCUUACACCGCAGACGGCGAGGAAACACUCACCUUCACCCUGCCACACUCCAGAUAAAUAAAAGAUGCCCACAAAAGAGAAAAAAACGAAAGAAACCGAAGAAAGUGAUGACGAAGGAGAGGAGAAGGAGCCAACGGUGACAGGAAAGAGUAAGAGGGACUCGAGACAGAAGAGCUCCGAGAACAAGACAGAAAGCACUGAGACACCGACAGAGAAGAGAAAAAAGAGCCAAUCUGUGAAAGAGAAAAAGAAAAAGAAGAAAAAGGAAGAUGUUGAGGUGACAGAGAAUGACAACGGGACGGAUGAGCAGAACAACAAUGAGCCCAUCAGCAAAGAAAAACACACCUCAAACGAGAAACGGGAGGUAAGGAAAGAGAAGAAAAAGAAGAGUAAACCAUCCGAAAGCAAAGAAGGACAAGAAGACAUGGGGUCCAAGGAGAAAAAGAGCAAAGACGGCAAGAAAAAGAAGAAGUCGGCAGAAGAAGAGGAGGAUGAGGAUGCUGUGCAGGAGGAAGCUGAGGAAGAAGAGGAUAAGAAGAAGAAAAAAAAGGAUAAAAAGAAAAAGAAGGGCUCCGACAGCGACGAGGAAAAGAAAGCAAAGAAAGGGAAGAAGUCAAAGGUCAAACAGGUGGAUUAUGCUGAGGUCUACCAGGAAGAGUUGGUGAACUAUCACACGGAGGAAUCAGAUGAUCAAGAAGAUGAAUUCAACAAAAAGAAAGUGUACGAGGUGGUGACAGUCACAGGUGAUGUUAAAGGAGCUGGGACUGAUGCUAAUGUGUUCGUCACCUUGUUUGGAGAGUUUGGAGUGACUCCCAAAGUUCACCUGGCCAGCAACACAGAAAAGAGGAGCAGAACAGCCUUUGAAAAGAACAAGACUGACGUCUUUCGGAUCAAAACACACAAUGUUGGGCCAAUAAAGAAAAUUAGAAUCGAGCAUGAUAACACGGGCAUGAGUGCCAGCUGGUUCCUGGACCGGGUCAUCGUGACUGACAUGAACAGGCCACACCUCCGAUUCUUUUAUGCCUGCAACAAUUGGCUGAGCAGAGACGAGGGGGACGGACUUACUGUCCGAUAUCUGCUGGGCAGCCUGAACCCCAUGGACAUCCCAAAACAAAACAAAUACAUAGCCAGUGUCUUCACAAUGGAUGCUAAAGGCAGUGGGACAGACGCUGAUGUCUACCUCAAUAUUUUUGGAGAAUUUGGGGAUACAGGAGAACGGAAGCUGGCCAGCGAUGGAAAGGACAAUUUUGAGCGCGGUAAUGAAGACAAAUUCACCAUCGAAGCACCAAAUCUGGGCAGACUUCGAAAAAUCACCAUCGGACAUAACAACAAGGGGUCGUCUGCUGGCUGGGCGUGCGAUAAAGUUGUAGUAGAUGACAUGGGGAAUAAAGAGGUUUAUGAGUUUCCGGUCAAUGCCUGGUUUGACAUCUCAGAAGGAGACGGCAAAAUACAAAGAGAUGUGCUUGCCGGAGCCACGCAGCCAAUGGCGAUUGUGUAUAACGUACAGGUGAUGACGGGAGAUAUUCGAGGAGCCGGAACUAACUCUAAGAUCCACUUCGUCAUGCACGGUCAUAAGGGAAUUAAGAACAGCGGUAAGUUGUUCCUGGAGGGCGGCACGUUUGAGCGCGCUCAGAUCGACAUCUUUAACGUGGAGCUGCUGGAGCUGCUCAGCCCACUCAGCAGAGUCACGAUCGGACACGACAACGCUGGGAUCAGCUGCGGCUGGUAUUGUGAAAAGGUGACGGUAUACUGCCCCUUCACAGGUUUAGAGCAGGUGUUUCCCUGCGGCAGGUGGCUGGAUGAAGAUGAGGGUGAUGGACUGGUGGAGCGAGAGCUGUAUGAGAUGGUCUCACUCAGACAGAAAAAGCAAAAGAAAUUGCCCUGGUCUCUGUGGAUCUGGACAUCUGAGAUUAAAGGUGCUGGCACAGACGCCCAGGUGUUCCUACAGGUGUACGGGGAGACAGGCAAGAGCGACCAGAUGAAACUCGAGAGUAAAUCGGACAGUUUUGAGCAGGGACAGUGCGACAAAUUCAUUAUUGAGAUGCCCGAUAUCGGAAAGAUACGCAAGGUGAGAAUCUGGCACGAAAAGAGGAAUCCUUUCUCUGGCUGGCACCUUGGCAGGGUGACAUUGAUGAAGACCCUAACUAGGGAGAAAUACUCAUUUGUUUGUAACCGUUGGUUGGACAUCAAUGAAGAUGACAACGAGAUCAUUAGAGAGCUGCCAGCUACCGGAAAACUUGUGCCAGAACCAUUACCACUUAUUAAAUAUCGUGUGACGAUUUGCACGGGAAACAUCAGCGGAAGUGGGACAGAUGCCAGUGUGUAUUUAAACAUCAUUGGUGACUUGGGAGACACCGGAGAGCGUCUGAUGUUCAUGAGCAAAAACAACGCCAACAAGUUUGAGAAAGGAAACCAUGAUGAGUUCCUGGUAGAGGCGGUCACACUGGGACAGAUCAGGAGGGUUCGGAUUGGUCAUGACGGACGAGGCGGAGGAUGUGGUUGGUUCCUGGAUAAAGUUAUGGUCAGAGAGGAGGGACAACCUGAGGCGUCAUCCAUCGAGUUCCCAUGUUACAGGUGGCUGGAUCGUAAUGAAGACGACGGGCAGAUUGUAAGAGAGUUAGUCCCUACUGAUGAUGGUCAGCGUUUGUUCACUGUUGGUUAUCACAUUGCGAUAAAGACGGGCAGCAUUAAUGGUGCCAGCUCCGAUUCGAAGGUGUUCGUAAAGCUGUACGGAGAGAAAGGUGACACCAACAAGAUGCUGCUGGUCGUCUCCGAUAACGACCUGGGCAACUAUUUCGAGACGGCACAGACGGACAUCUUCACCAUAGAGACCUUUGACAUUGGCAAGAUAAACCGGAUGCUGAUUGGUCACACUAACGAGGGUCUGCGAGCCGGUUGGUUCCUGGACAGCGUUCAGAUCUGGGUGCCGGUGCACGGGGUGCAGUACAUGUUCCCCAGUCACCGCUGGCUCUGUAAGGACGAGGCUGAUGGGAAGGUGGAGGUGGAAAUCUAUCCAAGUGAGACGCUGGAGAUAGAGAAAUUGAUCAAUUAUGAAGUUACUGUGGUGACAGGAGACGUGUGGGCCGGAGGAACGAAUGCAAACGUCUUCCUGCAGAUUUACGGUGAGGAGGGGAAAACCGAACUAAUUCAGCUGAAGAGCCGAUCCAACAACUUUGAGAGAGGAACCACUGAGAUCUUUAGGAUCGAGGGCCUAGAUGUGGGACGGGUCUAUAAGAUCCGAAUCGGCCAUGACGGCUCAGGAAUUGGAGCUGGAUGGUUCCUGGAGAAAGUGGACAUUAAACGGCUGGUCAUGGCGAUGGUGAAACCAGAGAAGAAAGAGGAGGACAAGAAAGACAAAAAGAAGAAAAAGAAGAAAAAGGAGGAAGAAGAAGAAUCGCCAGGUGAACUAAAGGAGGUUGUUCGAACUUUCAGCUUCCCAUGUGGCCGAUGGCUCGCUCGUGAUGAAGAGGAUGGAGAGAUACUCGUGGAGCUGCGUGCUGAAGAUUACGAAGAUCUGGAGGAGAAUUCAUACGAGGUUCACGUGUUCACUGGGGAUAUGCUGGGGGCCGGCACCGAUGCGAGUGUUUUCAUCAACAUCUACGGAGAAAUGGGCGACACGGGCGAGAGAAAACUACGCAAGUCAAACCACCUAAACAAGUUUGAGCGCGGACAGGAGGAUGUGUUCACCAUCACUGGGAUGGAUCUGGGGUCCUUGAAGAAACUGAGGAUACGUCAUGACAACAAGCAGGCCAAUGCUGCCUGGUAUCUGGACCGCGUCGAGAUCUUUGAUGCGAAAGAUGAAACCAUGUAUUUUUUCCCCUGUCAGCGGUGGUUGGCGGUUGAUGAAGAUGACGGGCAGCUGGGCCGUGAAUUAGUGCCUGUAGAUGAGGCUUUCAUGAGAAGAGAUGAAGACGAAGAAGAGGAGUCAUCACCUGCUCAACUCGGACUAGAGCAAAAAGCCAUGUCAACCACGUUCACAAUGAGAGUAAAAACAGGGGAGAAGAAGAACGCCGGCACAGAUGCAAACGUUUAUGCUAUUCUCUAUGGAACCAAAGAUGACACUGGUAUCAUUAAUCUAAAGGCGUCUAAGAACCAUAGGAACAAGUAUGAGUUGGGACUGAUUGACGAGUUCACCAUAGAGGCAGUGGACAUCGGAAAACUCAAGAGAAUGUGUAUCGGUCACGACAACGCAGGUGUUUCUCCAGGCUGGUUUCUGGACUGGGUAGAGAUCGAUGCUCCGUCUCUGGGUCAGCUGCUGCGCUUUCCAUGUGGCCGCUGGCUGGAUAAAGGAAAAGACGAUGGUGCCAUUGUCAGAGACCUGUACCCUAAUGAACUGCAGACAGUACUAUACACACCCUUUGUUCCCUAUGAGAUCAAAAUCUUCACCAGUGAUAUAUUUGCUGCGGGAACGGACGCAGACGUCUUCAUCGUCCUGUACGGGCAGAACGGAGUGAGUACGUCUCAGAAGUCUCUCUGCGUCAAUAAGAGAGAGAGGAGGAUGUACUUUGAACGAGGGGCGGAGGACAUGUUCAUUGUGGAGUUGGAGGACAUUGGUGAUAUCAUUGAGAAAAUCCGUAUCGGUCACGAUAAUCGAGGGGUGAAUCCUGGCUGGCAUUUAGACCGUGUGGAAAUUCGCCGACUUCUCCGGAAAGGGAAGGGCUCUGAGACCACAAUAUUCCCGUGUGAGGGAUGGUUGGCUCGUUCGGAGGAGGACGGUGAGACGAUUCGAGAGCUGGUGCCGUCUGACAUCAUCGUGGAGAAACUUUCACGAGACGGGACCCUCAAAGUCAUAGAGACAGAGGUGGACGACGCACUGGAGAUACACACAUAUACAGUGAUGGUGACCACGGGGGAUGUGUACGGAGCAGGAACCGAUGCCAAUGUGUUCAUCACUCUUUACGGAGACAUGGGCGACACUGGAGAACGUAAACUCAGCAAGUCUGAGAACAGCAACAAGUUUGAGAGAGGAUCGGUGGACACAUUCACCCUGGAGGCCGUGGAUCUGGGCCAGGUGUUCAAGAUCCGCGUUCGCCAUGACAACAGCAUGCUGAGUGCUGAUUGGUACCUGGAACAGGUGGAAGUGGCAGACCAAGAUACGGAGGAAGUGUUUCUGUUUUUGUGUGAGCGAUGGCUUUCGAGAAAGAAGGAGGACAGACGGAUCGACAGGGUGUUCUAUGUUAAGGGGUAUGAGGGAGAGCGAGAGACUGCCUUCUGUCCAAUUAAAAAAGUGACAAAUCUGGACAGCAACAUGAACAAGAAAAACAAGAAACGGCAUUCAGAAGAAGAAGACGAGGAAGGAUCGUUGAUUCCCUACCACUUCUCGGUGACGACGGGUUGGGAUCGGGAUGCUGGGACGAGUAGCCGAGUGUAUGUCAUCAUCAUAGGAAAGAAGAACAAAAAGACAGAUCGCCUCUGGCUCGACUCGGAUGGGAAAAACAGAUUCCUGCCUGGAUCCUUGGAUUACUUCACCUGCUAUGGAACUGAUGUUGGCGACAUCAAGAAAGUGGAAUUGGGUCAUGAUGGGGCGACUCCAGAGAGCUGCUGGUUAGUGGAGGAGCUGACGGUUGAUGUGCCGACUAAAGCAGUGCGCUACGUGUUUCCCUGUAAAUGCUGGUUGGCCAAAGACAGAGGAGACGGACUCACUGCCCGUUUCUUUGAUGUACAGGAUGCAGAACCUGUCAACAUCCCACAGAAGGUGAUCUAUGAGGUAACGGUGAUAACAGGAGAUGUCCAGCACGCAGGUACAGACACACAGAUCUACAUGACUGUGUUUGGAGUCUACGGCACAUCUGAGGAAAUGCUGCUGCCAAAGUUAGAGGACAGGUUUGAACGGGGGCAGACGGACACAUUCAAUCUGGAGAUUGAGGAUAUCGCUCCUUUGAGAAAGAUGAGAGUGCGUAUAGAUGGUUCUGGAAGCAGACCCGACUGGUUCCUGGAUAAGAUUGAACUUCAUAACCUGCAGACGGAUGAAGUGGCGUUAUUUAUGUACGAGGAGUGGCUGUCUCGCUCAUACGGGCCCAAGCGGACGCUUCUGUGCGAGAUGCCUGCAGUAAUAGAUGAGGAGGAGAUGGUGGAGCUCACCACCUACACCGUUUCUGUGAAGACCAGCGAUGUAACUGCGGCUGGAACCGAUGCUAAUGUGUGGAUGGUUAUUUUUGGGGAGAACGGCGACACUGGAACGCUGACUCUGAAAGAAAGCAACAACACCAACAAGUUUGAGCGCAAACAGAUGGACACGUUCCGUUUCCCUGACAUCCUCAGCUUGGGCGAGCUCUCGAAAGUGCGCAUUUGGCACGACAACGCAGGCCUGGCUGCAGGUUGGCACCUGGAGUAUGUAGACGUGCAUGAUGACAUCUUGGGGAAGAAGUUUCGUUUCCAGUGUGACCGCUGGCUCGCCAAGAACGAGGAUGAUGGACAGAUAAUGAGAGAGCUGGCAUGUGCCAACAAUGACGCAGUGGAUUUUGAUGAAAAAACCAAAUAUGAAAUCUUGGUCACGACAGCAGAUAUGGACGAUGCUGAAACCAAAGAGAAUGCCUGGAUCGUUCUAGAAGGGAAGAAAGGACGUUCCAAAGAGUUUGUGAUGGAGAACUCGACUAAAAAGAAGCGUUUUUUACGAGGUGCUUCGGACCGCUUUGAGUUCUCCUCCAAGGAGCUGGGAGACAUCGCUAGCAUCUGUCUGGGACACAUCCCUAAAGAUGGCAAGAAAGUCAAAGUGGAAGCCUCCUGGUUUGUGGAGCAGGUCGUUGUCACCGAGAAGGAGCUGGGCAAUAAGUAUAUCUUCCGUUGUGAGGCCGCCAUCCCUCUCUCCUCAAAACGGGAUGAGUUCCAGACUUUCGAGUGCAGCAAGUUCAUCGAGAGCUUCACCAGCAAGGCCCAAAGCCUCGUACCUGUAAAAUACGAGCUCAUCGUAAUCACUGGUGACGAGAAGGGCGCAGGCACCGACGCCAACGUCUUCAUCACCAUCUUCGGCUCCAACGGUGACUCCGGCCAGAGGCAGCUUACCAAAAAGUUCCAGAACCUGUUUGAGCGCGGCAAGACCAACCGGUUUAUUCUGGAACUGCUGGACCUGGGUGAUCUGCUCCGCAUGCACGUGGAACACGAUAACUCCGGACUCAGUCCUGGAUGGCUCCUGAGCAGGAUCGAGAUUACAAACACGGCCAACGCCGUGACCACAGUCUUCAUUUGUGGGAAAUGGCUGGAUAAAAACAAAGCGGACGGCAGGAUAAAACGCGUGAUCUAUCCAAAGUAUUGACAUUUAUUCAACCAGUCAAUGGUCCGGUCAGUAUUACUAAUGAAUAUUCAUUAUAUGACAUGUUCAUAUCAACGAUCUUGUUGUAUGUUGUACCAAACUUGUUUGGCUUUCAAAGAUCUCGGUUUGACAAUCAAUGGGAUCCGAUGUUGUUUGGUUCCAAACAUGAUCUUCUUUUGUGUUCAACAACAGAAAGAAAGCCAUACAGGUUUGGUUGUCCAUUUUAGAGAUGAGGUAACCUCUUUGAUGUUUUCCAGCCACAGCUAUAAGUAAACCAUGACUAAGCUGAUGGUUGAAAUGGAAGAGUCCAGUGUUUCUCCAUCUUCCAGAGUGCCACCUCACCAGCGUGCCUCUAAAAGAGUUUGUAUGAUUUGACAGAUGUGUGAAAGUUGUUUUAUUUGUAUUUUUAAACAUUAUUAUUUCGUACAUAUUGUUACCUCUGUGAGGAGUGCAUGUGUGUGCAACAAGGUUCGUGGAGUAAAACUCAACUCUGAAUCCACUGCUUCACGUUUGUCUGUCUUUUAAUAUAUUUAAGUAUUUAAGAAUAAUAGUAUUUAAAAACCUUACCGACUCCAAAUGUUUGAAUGGUAGUGUGUAUAUAUAAAGACACAGCGUUGAUGUAACAGGGUCCCACAUUCAGGUAGGUCUUCAGCUUUAAGUCAUUGUGUGCUCCAAAGAUCUCUUGAGUGCUUCCACCAGCUCAAACUUACAAUCCUUGGCUUCUUUUUCCGUCCCCACUGAGCGAUCCAUCACCCACUCCACGAAUCCAGGAGUGUCCAUCAUCAGCUGCUGAUGUCAAUUCUGUCUUUUUUCCACAUCGCAGUAAAACAGAGGUGUCAAGUUGGAUGUUUUUCAUUUAAUACGUUAUGUAGUUUUAUUUGGUCACAAUAUUUGUUGGUGGCAUUUCAAGACAAAAUUUGUAACCUGUUUGAACAGUACUGCAUGAAGUCGAACACAUCUAAACACACACACUCUCACUUAAAGUGAAGAUUGGUAGCGCGCUGCAGUGAAGCUCUGGGAAGGGUUGUGUGCUUAUGUUUCGGAUCAUCAGCAUGGGGUGAGAGCUCAGACAGUUAAACCACGACUCGGUCAACAGUAGCAGGUCAUCCGUCUGCUGCUCCACCUACACAAACACACAUCUCAAAGCAAAACUCAUUAUCUGCUCACAAUUCCUCUGAAAAAACACACCCACACACUCACAGGUAACCUGAGCAGCUGAGCCAGAGCCUCCAAACAUCUGCCCAGAUGUUCAGUGUUCAGUGGCUCCAUCAGCGACUCAUUCUCUUCAGCACAGACAUGAACUUCUCUUCUGUAACAGACGGUGGCUGAGUGAGAAGUAAACUAAAGUAGGUUUAAUACUGAUUCAUUCAGGUUAGAUUUAAAUUCACAAGCUAUUCAUUUGAUUCAAAUCAGAUUCUAACAUGGUUUGAUCAAAUUCUGAUUCAUUUGGAAAUAUUUUGAUUUUAGUGUCCCUUUCGCUUGCAUAUGAAUGAAAUUCUCUCUAAUUAUUAUUAUUAAAACACUUUCAGCUAUUUAAAUAUAAACAAUAUAUAUUGAACAAUUCCUAAGUCUAUUGAUUCAAUUUUGAUCCAUUUUGGAAUAUUUCAGUUUUAAUGUCCCUUGUGCUUACAUAUGAACGGGAUUCUCUCUAAGAUAAUGCUAUACAUAAUACAGAGAAUUAAAGCUGCAGUCGGUAGCUUUUGACGCUCUAGCGGUUAAUAAACAGAACUGCUUGCGUGUUGCGGAAGGACAUUGUAGCAUUGUAAAUCAAACUUCUCAUGCGUCAGUGUGCAGUCUGUAGUGUUUACUGUCUCUUGACUCAGGAGUAUCAACACUCCCUUGUCAUUUGUGUUUAAAAGGCCGAAUAUGAUCUCCAGUCGGGCUCCAGACACCGCCUGCCUCAACCCGCUCACGGGCGUCGCUAAAAAGCCGUCCGGAGUCUCCUGAGCUCCUCGAUCGAAUCCUCGGAUUCACAGAUUUUUUUCAGCAGACUCUCUAUGGG